AUGGCAAUCAGCGGAGGCGUAGAUUCAAUGGCUCUGGCAUUCCUCAUGUCUAAAUUUGUCCGUACAUACCGAGGCUCCAAAGUCGCAGACAAUCCCGUCCACGGCGCCUUGGCUGUUGUCGUUGAUCACAAACUUCGUGAUGGAAGUGAUGCAGAAGCGGCAUCAGUUGUCAAAGAACUGCACAGGCUCAAUAUUAAAGCCAGUGUUGCACCUCUCCCUUGGAGAGAUGAAAAACGUGAUGGUCUAGAUCCUCGUAAACUUCCAAAUGUUGAGGGCCUUGCGCGCACCUACCGAUAUCGUACACUUGGUCGCAUUUGUACUUUUAUGGGGGCUAGUAGUCUUUUCUUUGCGCACCACCGGGACGACCAAUACGAGACAGUACUUAUGCGAUUGCUUGGUGGGCAUGGCUACCGGGGUCUCCAAGGAAUAAGAGAAGCGAAUUCAAUACCAGAAUGCUACGACCUGCAUGGUGUUUAUAAGAGCGGUCUUCUCGACGAUCAGCUUAGGCCGAGCCCAGCACUCAGCUUUCGACCGGCCCAGCGUGAGAUGAAGCGACUAAGGCGCGAUUUCCGCGACGAGUUGAGACUCGAGCCUUCCCCCCUCGUGGCCGACUUUCCACGAGACCUGGUUGAUUCCUACCCAUCAUCGCGCGAGGCUUUCGAUCAUGUCCCCUACCUCAAACCCCUGGAAGUCGAAGAUGGAGGCGUCAUGAUAUAUCGACCGCUUCUUGAAUUCGACAAGGAUAGGCUUAUUGCGACGUGCGAGGCAAAUAAUGUCGCUUGGGUGGAAGAUGAGACCAACAAAGACCCCACGUUGACGACCCGAAACGCUGUCAGGUAUCUGGUUCGAAACCACGACUUGCCAAAGGCUUUGCAGAAGCCUGCUAUUCUGUCUUUAGCUGAGAGGUGUAAACACAGAACCAAGUUGGAAGAAGCGGAGGCAAAACGGUACCUAGUCCGUGAAGGUGUUAUCAAGGACUUCGACCCCAAUGCUGGAACGUUGUUGGUCCAGUUCCCAACAUUUCGCACGCCUAACAAACGACGAAAAGGGCGUUCGUCCGAGAAGGAGAGUGAGUUGCGCAAGGAACAUCAAAGGACAAUCAUGAACAUUGCAGUUCGGAAGCUGAUUGAUUUCAUCACCCCUGAAUAUCACUUACCGCCUCUCGCCAACCUCGAAAACGUUGUCAACAAGCUCGUUCCUGGUAUGUCAUCCAAAAAUGGCUCCACCCCCAAAGCUUUCACCACAGCUGGCGUAUACUUUGAUCCGAUUGUGGACGGGAAAUGCCUUAAAUGGUUGCUUUCUAGAGCACCCUACACGUCAACUCAAACUCUCCCUGCCGCAAAGCUUUUCUGGCCCAAGGAAAAGUUACCUAGUCCUCCUGACUUCAGCAGCGAAGAUCCGGAUGAAACCAUGCCACCAUUCAGCCACAAUGGAUGGCCAAGAUCCAAGAUGUUCGAUGGCCGCUUCUGGGUGCGCCUUGGCCCUAAUAGAUGGCCGAUGUGGCAGGUUUCUCCAUACCGUCCAGAGCAUGCUAAAGCAUUCCGCAAAGCUCUGCCUCCGUUGCGAAGAGCCCGCUUGGAGAAGCUGCUCAAGCACUACGCUCCUGGAAAGAUUCGCUAUGCGCUUCCAGCUAUCUACGGGGUUGAAAGACGGUGGGAGCCGUACUCGUUACAUAUGACAACACGACUGACACUACUUGCGCUUCCGACACUGGGAAUCCAUAUACCUGGCCUUGAGCGAUGGGUCAAGUAUGAUGUGAGAUAUAAGAAAGUCGAUGUCACAUUGUUAGGGCAUCAGCCUCGAAGUGGAAAGGAGAGAAAUUUGGUAAAACACCGACCGCUGUUCGGACCAGCACAUAAAAGGAGACUACGAUUGAUGGGCAAGUUUGGACCGCAACGAUGA